UCCAAUGCAUCUACCGUAAAGGCUACAGUAAGGGGGCACUCCAAAUGUGGGGUCUGCCGGUGCGACCGCGGAGAACCGAGUGACGGGUGGAUCGACCGCAGUCAGCAUGUAGUCGGUCACCAGCGCGCCGACGGUAGAUCUCCAUCCAUGUCCUCUGCCCAUCACCCUGAACGACGACUCUCAUCCUCCGGUCCGGUCGCCACACGAACCUCCCGUCCCUCCAUCCCUCCCUGCACCAUGUUGCAGAUCGGAGACGAGCUGAUGUAUUUCUCUGCGGCGUUGGUGCUGCUGGUGUUGGGCACGAGGAGCGCCACGGGGGCCUCUCUCCUCACCGCGUUCCUCUACAUCUUCAUGGUGAUGUUCCGCUUCCCCCCGGUGCCCGCGGAGCAGGCCGGCCGCGUCCUCCGGCCCAGGGCUCCUGCGGGCGGCGCCCCGGUGGUGGCGCACCGCGGCGGGAGUCACGACGCCCCGGAGAACACCUUGGCAGCGAUCCGCGAGAUUACAGACUUGCAGAUGACACGAUUGCCAUCCUGUACAUUUCUCUUGCCGGUGCACAUCUUUCUGAAGGCCAGCAGGAACGGUGCGACCGGAGUGGAGCUGGACCUGAGUUUCACGGCCGACGGCGUGCCGGUACUCAUGCACGACGAGACGGUUGACCGCACCACCAACGGUUCUGGACCCAUUGGCAAACUGCAAAUUGUCCAACUGAGGAGAUUAGAUGCCGCUGCUCAUCACAGGCUGAAAGAGAAGUUCCGUGGAGAGAAGGUCCCGACUCUGCGGGAGGCCGUGGAGGAAUGCAUGAGACACCAGCUGACCAUCUUCUUCGAUGUCAAAGGUCAACCUGAUAAGGCUGCAUCAGUGCUUCAUGAGAUGUACAAGAAGUUCCCUGUCCUCUACAAUUCUAGCAUCGUUUCCUCCUUUGAACCCAAAGUCAUCUACAAGAUGCGUCAGACCGACCCCAACGUUGUCACGGCCCUGACCCACCGGCCCUGGAGACUGAGCCGCUUCGGCGAUGGCACCCCUCGGACCCUGUCGACGUGGGCUCAGCUCUGGACAGGGUUUCUCGACGUCUUGCUGGACUGGGCUCACCACCACCUGCUGUGGAAACUUUGUGGAGUCUCUGCCAUCCUCGUGCAGAAAGACUUUGUCUCACUGGACUAUGUCCGGUACUGGGCGGAGCGAGGUGUGGAGGUGGUCGGUUGGACUGUUAACACCGCCGCGGAGAAAAGCUACUACCAGAACCUGCUGAAGAUCGGCUACAUCACUGACAGUCUGCUGGAAGACUGUGAUCCCCAUUAUUACUGAAACACACAUGCACACACACACACACGCACACACGCACACACGCACACACACACACACACACACACACACACAUACACACACACAGCUCAACACAUACAGGAGCGAUAAAGAAAAAAUUGAAUGUCUCACAGCUUCACUAUGAACAAAGUAGAACUCGGAAAGUCAGUGAUGACAAAGACAAGUAACUCUCUUUAGUGUCUUUUUAAAGAACAUUGAAAAUAGAUACCUGUAGAAUAAGAUUAAUAUAAGGAGCAAUUUGGUGCUAACAAGCUCUGUAGUGGGAAUGGACCAAGCCAAGCUUGAUGAGAAUGCAUGAUUUACUUUAGAGGAAUAGAGGUAAGGAUACAUCAUAUUACCUGUAGCUGGCAUACAGGUGGUUUCCCUUUAAAUCUGCAGGCACAUUAAACUGUCCGUAUCCUACUACCAGCAGCAACACGUCCAGCUCUCCUGGGCCAGGGAUUAGGAUUAAACUACCUUUAGGAUCUUUUCUACCUUCUGUGCUGAUCUUUGUUGACACCAUCAUAGACUGUAACUAGACGUAGGACAUGAUUGCGUCACGCCCGCUCUCUUGAUAUACUUUUUUCAAUCAUGAACUCCGGAGGGUCGAUUGUGAAUAUUCAACAACUUGACGUGGCGACUGUGCAAUUGUUCAGAAACUUGCCCGCUGUCAUGACGUGCUAAAUUAACGUACGUUGCACAAAUACACGAGAAAACGUGGCUGGAGAAGGAAAACUUGCUUUAUGAUCUGGCUUUAGGCAGGAAUUUAAAAAAAAAAAAACAGCGACGUCUUGAAUCUAAUUUCUAGAAUCACACAACGUUUAUUCGUUUAACAUUUUAGACAUAAUGUGUGCAAAAUGAAUCACUUCACAUAAUGAUCGAAAUAAUUCUCCACAUUACUUGGAACAGACUUUGAAGGGAGAAAUACUGUUUCACUUCAUUUGAUCUUAAUUCAGCUUCACUGUUUUGCCUGAACACGCUUGCAUUUUAAGAAACUGACCAUGAAGAAUCUCAUAAUUUGCCUUAAAAAAAAGCAUCAUUUGUCUGUAACCGGAAUCAAAAGUGAUUCAGAGAAUGUGGCAUUGUUGUCCUCGGUGGUGGCUGUAUUUUAUUUUUUAAGUAUUUUUAUUCGUGUUUGUAGGCGAAAGGCUUCAACAACCUCAUCUUGGUCACAACUUGUUUCUCAAAUGAACAGUUCUCUCGCACUUCCUUCUCGUACUGUACAUCGCCUGUGGUUAAGAGAUUAAUUGUCACAGUGUCACUCAUCGAAACAUUUCAUCUUUAAUGCUUUGGCUCAAAAUUAAUCUUUAGAAUUUUAAAGCCAGUUUGAAAAAACUGAUAUAAGUUCAUAAUGUACUUUUAAGUGUAAAAUCCUUAAUUAAUAAUGAUGAUAAUAAAAAGGGUUCUGUUGAUACUGA